GGGACCAGAACUACUGUGAACAUCUCCUGCGCAGCAGCACUUUCCACUCUUCUCCUUUUGAAGUCUAUUUCCUUUACACUGUGCACUUGCUUAGAAGCCCUUAAAUGUCAUCUCCUUCACCACUUGUCACCAGUUCUGGUCUACAAGCUUGGGCUUUGAGGGUCAUUUUCAAGGUUCAGCAAGACUUUGGGACUCUGAACACCUACCAGAUUAAGGAUACUCAUCUUAUGUAGCUGGGUAACUUAAGACCUACCUGGAAUUGUUUCAAGGACGAGAGAUUUUGCCAGUCAGAUCUUGUAGAAGAAGGGCACCUACGACUGUUGCCAGGGGGGAUUACGGGGGAAAAAAAGGCCCAUUGUGGUUAAAGAAGCCGGUUUGUUGUGGGAGAGACAAGGCGAAGCAAGAACAGGCUGACACAUGGAAACUUUGUCUUGAAGAUCUGUGAAACCCUCCGAAGAUCCUUCAUUCAUCGAGCUCGUCUUGGCAAUCGGUACCUGUGGAGGGGAAGGAAGCGCCAUGAUGUUCGUCCUCGCCGUCUGUUCUGCUCUGCUAGCGGCAGGUGGCGCUCUGGAGUGUGAAGUCUGUUACGCGAUCAACUCAAACACUUGUUCCGGCCACUACGAGCAUUGUAAAUCUCCACGAGCUCGCUGUACGGUGACCCUCACCGAGAAGACUCUUCAAAAUGAUAAUGGAGAAAUGAGAAGCGUCGUCCUGGAGAAAUCCUGUGGGAGCGUCCAUAGCUGCAGUCAUCCGGCCACCCUAACCACAGAGGAGUUCCGUGUGCGGGUGACCACAAUGUGCUGCUCGCAGAACUACUGCAACAAUGGCACAGUGAGCUGGACAGCGCUGAAUUCUACAGAAAAUGGGUUGAGCUGCCCGUCCUGUUUUGCAAGAAAUUCCCAAACCUGUGAUGUGAAAUCCCAUGUAAACUGCACCGGAGCCGAAAACCAUUGUGUUCAGUAUUCAGCCACCCGGGAAGGAGGAUUCACCAUCACAGUGGCCGGUUGUGCCUCCGAGAGCAUGGAGAGAUCUAAUGGUGGAAUCGCCUUCCGGGGGUCUUCAGUUGCCGUCCAUGGGAUGCAGAACAAGAACAAUGGGGAUUCUGUGAGACACAAUGCACUUCUGCUGUCCUUCCUGUCUAUAGUAACCAUCCUACCAAUAUAUUCCCAAUAGGGGCAUCACCUGACCAUGUGGACUUAUGUGAUUCUUCAUUGCAUUUCCCUCUGCCCCUUACUUAGAAUUGUGGGGAGAUAUAUGUACCAGAUAGAUUUAUUUUAUUAUUUUUUAUUUUUGAAAAGCCAAGAGCUCUUUUAAAGGAGUACUCCGCCUCUAGACAUCUUAUCCCCUAACCAAAGGAUAGGGGAUAAGAUGUCUGAUGGCGAUCCCCACGAUCUCCGUGCUGCACCCAGUGUUUGUUUAGAGUGUCGGGUUCAGCGCCAGAGGCUCAUGACAACACAUCCGCGCCCCGCUCCUGACGUCACGGCCAUGCCCCC